AUGGCUGACAAUCUGAUUCAAAAGUCACAUAAAACUAGUGAGAAAAACAAGUAUAACAACGUUGUUCACCGUACGACGAGUGAAUCUCUUCGACUGAACGAGUCGGAGAAGGGGGUGACUCACCCGACAAGUCUGCAAGCCGCCCAUAACCCAAGGAAAAUAUCUUCAUUUCAGAUCACCAGUGUGACGGUCGGCUCGCGAGUGAGCACUGAUGCUGGCGAAGACUCUGCCGACGAUCUUGAUGAAUCUCACACCGACGACAUAUCGAGGGUGACUGACAUUGAGAAUGAAACGCCUAGCUAUUCCGAGGACACGUUCUCGAAAGAUGAUGUGUUUUACAACGCGUCAAGUGCAUCAUUAGGUUGCGCCCCCGUCAUCCCAACCAGCUCGCAAUACGGGCUUGCGAUCGUCGGUCAGGACAACCCUACCAACCAGAUAGGAGGAGCAGUGCCAAAUAGUAAUAAUACUGAAGUGUCUGACAUGCAUGUCAGCGUUACUAACGCCGGAGCAGGCAGCAUCAUUAAUCUCAUAGGAAAUGCGAAACCCCAAGAAGGUAUGAAAGAAAUACAAGAACAUGUUAGGAAUGAACGGUUUAAAGUUGUGAAAAUAGAAAGCACUGAGCCUUUUCGUAGAGGUCGAUGGAUGUGUAUGGAUUACUUGGACCAUACUACUCAGCAAAAUGCACCGAUCACUAUAAAUAAUAACCUUGAUGUUUCUGAGACUAAUACGCUGCAGGCUCCUGACAGUGGUGUAGUGAUUAACGAUAGUCAACAUGAUGAAAUGUCAAAUGAUCUGACUAACAAAGGGCCUAAAGAUAUGCAAGGUAAUGCUCCUACUGUGCAGCAACUAGAACAAACUCUUCAGAAACAAUUUCCAAUGGCAUCUCCGGGCCAAUCUUUGACUCAACCUCUUAAUGCCGUACAGCAGCAAAUGCAACCUGUUACUCAAUCAGUAUCAGUGCAGUCUCCACCCUUAGAGAUGCCACAACAAAUGCCAAAUCAAAAUCUGCAGGCGAACCAGCAGCAGGUUGGACAGCAGCAUCCCCAGAGUAUGACUCACAUCACUAUGCAAAAUGCUCCGCAAAGUCAUCCACAACAGACUCAACAACAGCAAGUGCAACAGAUCCCUCAAAGCUUCCCUCAGCACCAGCUUCAGCAAGUGAUUGCCCAAUCUCAGGGAAUGGCAAUGCAACAAAUUCCAAUGCACCAACAGAUGCCGCAGCAAAUGCAACAAAUACCAAACCAACAAAUGCAGCAAAUAAGUCAACAUAUGCCGCAGGCACAAAUACCAAACAUGCCUCAAAUGCAGCAACAAAUGCCCCAGAUGCAGGCUAUGCCAAAUCAAGGACAGAUUACUCAAGUGGCCGCUCAGCAGCCACAAAUGCAACAAAUGCAGAUGCAGCAAAUACAAGGCCAACCUAAUCCACAAAUGCAUAUGCAGCAAACACAAAUUCCCAAUAUGGGACAAACUCAUCACAUGCAAGGACAGCAGCCAAUGGGAGCCCAGCAGGCUCAACUCCAGCAUUUGCCAAGUCAAGCUCAGAUACAAGCUCUGCAAAAUCAACAAAUACCCAAUCACAUUCAACAGAUGCAGAUGCCCACUCAACUCACUGGAGCUAAUCAACAGAUGCCACAGAUGCAAACUCAAAUGCAUCAGUUGCCAUCACAGCCCCAGCAGUCAGUUGUACCUGGCAUGCAUCCUCAAAUGCAACAACAGGGAAUGUCUGGAGUUCAGCAGCAGUACAAUCAAGCUGUGAGUCAACAGUCCAAUGCUCAGUCUAUGAUCACCGCAACCAUGCCCUCGUCACAGCAGCAAAUGGUUCAACCUCAACAUACAGUUCCUCAAUACCACACACAGCAAUCACAGAUGUCCCAGCAGGGGCAAACUUUGCCUCAAGAGGUGCUCACUUCUAUAGUUACAUCACAGCAAGGUGCAACAUUGCCUUCAAAUCUUCAACCGAUGCCUUCUCAACCACAAGGCUCGACAUUACCUGCGAAUCUUCAGAGUCUUACUGCUCAGCAACAGCCUAAUACAGUGCAUACUAUUGCUCCUCAGCAAGGGAAUGUGCCACAAGGAAACAUGAUGAUGACCGCAGCUCCACAGAAUAUGCAGAUGACUCUAGACGGGAAUCAGCCUAGUAUGAUACCCGCCUCAGAUCCUAUAUUCAUGCAGCCAACGAACGUCGGUCAACAGAUGCCUGUCGGCCAGCAUAUGGGGCAGCAAAACCUGUUACCUCAGCAAGUGGGAGGACAGGCGCAGAUGGGCGGCGUGCAAUACGUGUCCAAUCAACCGGUGGCGCAAGUCUCAAUGGCACACCAGAACAUUCCGAUGAUGCAGCCCAGCAUGCCGGUCGGUAUGGGCGGCGGAGUCCACCCGAACGUGGUGCAAUCUCAGACCAGUAUGGGUCUGAGCUACGGGAACGUGGUGCCGGUGAUGUCGCAGAGUAGUGUAGCGCCCGUCGAGGCGACCGUCUCGGGGACUAAUUCGCCGGUGGUGUCGAUGCCAGUGAGUUCUACCGCGUAUGUAGCGAACACGGCGCAGCCGGGUCAUGACAGUCAGGGCUUCGGUAGCCCCGUGAGUGCGGUGUCUCAUGCCAUCAGUGGCGCGGUGAUGAGCAGUGUGAAUGUGAAUGCAUGUGAUAGUGGUGCUCCGGAUGUGUCUGCGGACACGCUGCAGGCUGGAGAUACUGGCGAUGGCAAGGAGGAGCAACAGCCCGCGCCGCCACCAGAGGAUGAAAGGUCAGUCUCUUUUGAACAUUUCCUUUUAUAUUAUUUCCUCACACUUUCUCACAUAAACAUAAGUAACUAA